CUUCUUCCAUAUCCUCUCCCAUCCUCGCUCUUCAACUCUCUCGCCUGUCUACUGUCGACCACCGCCAUAUAUACCAGCAGUAAAUAAAUCAGCUGGUAGGUGCUUUUCGUCCGAUGGGGAUAUGGUUAUACUUAUUUAAUGGCUCACUUAAGGCGCCGGUAGUCUGUCGGGAGCAAUCGACCCUUCUUGCGGCGCCACGCGGAAUACCCUUUGCACAAUAUAGACGAUAAGAGACAAACCUGAGGACUAAUAGCCUGGCAUCGUGCACAUUAUGCCGCCGGUCAAACGCAAAGCUUUAGAUAGUGGUCGGUCGAGUCGAGCCUCCAAGCGCGCCACUCCCGUGCCCGACAUCAGUAGCGGGGACGAAUACUCGGACUACGAGGAUGAGCUCAAGGAAGAUAAUUUGAAAGAUGUCGUCGAGAAUUUCAACAUCGAGUCCUUCAGCAAGAAAGGAAGCGGCGCCAUUCAAAAGCAGGACCCCAACUUCGGAUACAAAGACUUCUCCUCCCUGGCGCUGAAACCCGACCAUGCGAACCGUCCCCUUUGGAUCGAUCCGCUGAAAGGCACCAUCACCCUGGAGAGUUUCUCCCCGCUCGCUCCCCAAGCGCAGGACUUCCUCACCACCAUCGCCGAACCGCUGUCUCGUCCGACGCAUCUACACGAGUAUCGGUUGACCGGAAACAGUCUGUAUGCCGCGGUGUCGGUUGGGUUGCAGCCGCAGGAUAUCAUCAACUUCCUCGAUCGCUUGUCGAAGACGCCGCUCCCUGAGACCAUCAAGUCGUUUAUUAUCGAUUUCACCAAGUCGUAUGGCAAGAUCAAGGUGGUGUUGAAGCAUAACCGGUUCUUUGUGGAAAGUACGGAUCCUGCGAUGUUGCAGAUGCUGCUCCAGGAUGAGGUUAUUGGACCGCAGCGGUUACAAGGGUCGGAGGGUAUCAUCCAGCAGGCCGCGCCGAAGAUGGGUGGGCUUGUCAUCCCCGGUACCAAGGACGCCGCCGGAGUGAUGCAGUCCACGGAUCAGAAACCGGCCGAGGAUACGGCAGGGGAGGCUCGACGAGAGGACGAUAUUCUUCUCGCGAUCCGCGACGAUGAUGACGAUGAGGAGCAAGCUCAGGUGCAUAGUUUUGAGAUUCCGAACGAGGCGGUCGAACCGGUCAAGGCGCGCUGCCAGGCCAUGGGUUGUCCAGCGCUGGAGGAGUAUGAUUUCCGGAACGACGAGAUCAAUCCCACGCUGGAUAUUGACUUGAAACCGAAUGCACGAAUCCGAAGUUACCAGGAGAAGAGCCUGAGUAAGAUGUUUGGUAACGGACGUGCCAAAAGUGGAAUCAUCGUUUUACCUUGUGGUGCUGGUAAGACACUGGUGGGUAUCACGGCAGCGUGUACGAUUAAAAAGGGCACCAUCAUUCUCUGUACUAGCUCGAUGUCCGUGGUGCAAUGGAGAAACGAAUUUCUGCGGUGGUCGAACAUCGACCCCGGCGACAUUGCUGUGUUCACAUCGGACAACAAGGAAAAGUUCCGCCGGUCGACUGGUAUCAUCGUGUCCACCUAUUCCAUGGUGUCCCAAACGCGGGCGCGGUCGCACGAUGCGCAGAAGAUGAUGGACUGGAUCCAGGGGCGAGAGUGGGGUCUCAUGCUCCUCGACGAGGUGCACGUCGUGCCUGCAUCCAUGUUCCGAAAGGUCACUUCCGCCAUUGCUUGUCAGAGCAAGCUUGGGUUGACUGCUACCCUGCUGCGUGAGGAUGACAAGAUCAAGGAUUUGAACUUCCUGAUCGGCCCCAAGCUCUACGAAGCUAAUUGGAUGGAGCUUGCUGAGCAAGGGCACAUCGCUAAGGUACAAUGUGCCGAAGUAUGGUGCCCUAUGACAACCGAGUUUUAUUCAGAGUACAUGCGGGAGAAGUCCAGGAAAGCGGCUCUCUUAUACAUUAUGAAUCCACGAAAAUUCCAGGCGUGUCAGUUCCUGAUUGACUACCAUGAGAAGCGAGGUGACAAGGUCAUUGUCUUCUCGGACAACGUCUACGCCCUCGAGCGGUAUGCGCUCAAGCUGAACAAGGCCUACAUUUACGGUGGUACGCCUCAGAACGAGCGCAUGCGGAUUCUCGAGAAUUUCCAGCACAACGAGCAGGUCAACACCAUCUUCUUGUCCAAGAUUGGUGAUACCUCCCUUGAUUUGCCCGAAGCCACCUGCCUGAUCCAGAUCUCGUCGCACUACGGUUCACGUCGUCAGGAGGCCCAACGGCUCGGACGAAUUCUGCGAGCCAAGCGUCGUAACGACGAAGGCUUUAACGCUUUCUUCUACUCGCUUGUGUCAAAAGACACGGACGAGAUGUUCUAUUCGUCGAAGCGUCAGGCCUUCCUUGUCGAUCAAGGCUAUGCCUUCAAGGUGAUCACCCAUCUCCAAGGCAUUGAGAACCUGGAAGGUCUCGCCUACGCCACGCCCGCGGAGCGUCGCGAGUUGCUGCAAGAGGUGAUGCUGCAGAAUGAGACCUCCGCAGAGGUCGAACACGUCAACGACGACCUGUUCUCCGGGCGUUCGGGCGGCGCCCGGGCUCGCAAGGGAGCCGUCAAGCGGAGCGCCGCGACCCUCAGCGGAUUGGCUGGUGGCGAGGACAUGGCCUACAUCGAGUACAACAGGAGCCGCAACAAGCAGCUCAAGGACAAAGCUGGUCAUCAUCCUCUGUUCCGGAAGAUGGAACGCGAUCGGUUGAAGCGGAAGAAGGAACUGGAGGACUUUGUGCGUUAGCUUGUAAUUUAAAUUACCACACUGCUACCUAUAUGUUGGAAAAGGCAAGGAAAAGGCAAGAUCUAUGGCAGAAU